CGAAUUGAUUUGGAUUCAACCCUUUCUUUCUUUUCUGUCUCUUCUUCUUCUUGCAUUCAUCUAAAACAACUCGACCAUGACAUCUCUUCCUAUUACUACAGCUACUGACAAUACCGGUACUGACGAUACCACCAAGAAGCUCAUUCCAGGCCAUGUAAUUCACUGUAGCAGCGUCGAGGAAUACCACGCCGCCCUACAGGCAGCCGGAGAUGGUCUCGUGGUGGUGGAUGUCUAUGCCGAUUGGUGUCCCCCCUGUCAAGCCAUGGCGCCCAUCUUUGAACGGUUGGCCGCGGAAUAUCCGCAGACUGUCUUUAUAAAAGUGGAUGUCGACCGAGCACCUUCCUUGAAACACGAACUUUCUGUUUGGGCGCUCCCCACCUUUGUCUUUCUCAAGCACGGCAAGAAAGUCGGAUCCUUCAUGGGAGCCAAUCAGAGUUUGUUAAAACGAGGAUUGGAAAAUAAUGGGGAGGUUUCCAUUUGCAGUAAUUUGGCGUGUAUUGUACAGUAGUACUGGCACAGUAGCAUGGUUUGUGGAUGGAUGCGAUGGAUUGAGCUCACAAAAAGAAAUUGGGUUUGCAAGCUGCGAGACUGAUUCUGGGGUGCAGGCGAUGAAUUGUCUAAAAGUGAAAGACCCUGCGAGGCAGUGGAGAAGAACUGGGCCCGUGUUGCUUUUUACAUACUGUUUCGUCAAUAUUUGAUCCGGGAAAAGAGUACAAUGAUGGAACCAACCCUGGAGGUACAAAAGUUGGUUUUCUGUUGCAUCCGCUUGCCGCUUCGAGAUGCAUACAAUUCACGGAUUUCUGAGGAUAUCUACCGAGAAUGUUACCUUCCUACUAGAACUGUACUGUAAUGGCAACUGUAGUCGAGCUUUCAAGUCACUACAGUACGUACGAAUGUGGGCACCACAAAAACAACGAGCGGAUAGUCAGGAU